AUGGUCAAAUGGACCCCAGAGAUGGACCAGCAAUUGCUGCUGAAAAUUUUGGAAACUCACGAACUAAGCGUGGAUGCAACAAGCGUGUCCGAAGCAUGGCCCGGCGACGACCCGAAGGCUAAACCCACUCCUCGGGCUAUUACUGAGCGUCUGGUCAAAAUCAAGUCUCACAUCAAAAAUGGAAAAAGUGCAACUCCUACCUCCACUCCAACAAAGCUAGCCACACCGAACCCCCGUAACCGCACGCCCGCAAAACGCAAGCGCGGGGGGGAUGUCACUUUGACUGGCAAAAGAGAUAUCAAAACUGGGGCUUACAUUUCCCCCACUUCGAAUAUAAAAACUAUUAAACACGAAUACAACGAUGAAGAUGAUUUCCCAAUUGAUGGGAUGGUGGUUCAUAACAUGCGUACCUUAUCUAAACGUGCGAGAGUUACCCCUCCUCUCCCACAUGGCAAGGUUACUUACAAGCGGCGUACAGAUGACGAGGCUCAACACGAAUGCAGUGACAGUGAAUUCAUGAACCCUACGAAGGCGGAGCUCGCCGAUGGUUAUGGCAAAAUUCACGUUAACGACGGUGAAGCAGUUGGCGCCACGGAGUAUGCUUAA